UGCGAACAGCAAUGAAUUUUCAAAGAAGAAGAAGACGAAAUGGCGGCAGUGUUGAAAGUUUAGUUCUAUUUAUCAUAAAUAUUCGCGCUACAAUAAAAUAUUUUGUAGGAAAUUGACUAAAUUGAAAUAAAUUGUUUAUUCUGAAACUCAAUUUAAUUUUACAACAAGUGGAACUUUAAUAAUUGCGGACGCACCAUAGAUGCAAACAUUGUGAAAGAUACGAUGAUGAGCGAACGAAUGGUGGUGAACGAUUCCGCGCCCACCCCAACAAGGCAAGAACAACAGCAGCGCGCGGUCGGUUCUCUAGUGGCACUUACCCAAAAAUUCGUCCAGUUGAUGAAAUGGAACAAUGGACGCAUUGAUCUCAAAGAGGCAACUGAGCUUUUGGAUGUCCAGAAGCGUAGAAUUUACGAUAUAACAAAUGUUUUAGAAGGUGUUGGCUUAAUCGAGAAGACUAGGCACAGCAGCACAGUGCGAUGGCGAGGCGCACUGAAUACUAGUACGGGCCAUCAUAGUUUAAGAGCGGCGCAUGCGCGAGCCAAGCAUUUGAAAGCGCUUGAAGCCGAUGUGGAUCUCAAAUUAGAAUACGCAAGGCGUAAUUUGAAAUACAUUAAACAAGACGAAGUAAAUAAAUCGUAUGCAUAUGUGACCCGUGAUGACUUGCUUUCAAUAUAUGGAGAAAAUGUUGUGCUGGUAAUACCCAAUCAUGACGAUGAGGUGAAAAUAGAACCUUCACAUAAAUCUUUAUACGUUUCAUUGGAUAAUGGUGGGAAAGUAGAUGUGCGGCUGGUAACCGAACAAGGCACCUGCAUAGCACCAAAACUCGAAACGGCGCCGCUAAUUUCCCGCUUGGAAACACCGUCACCAUCUUCAUCCAAUUGUUCAGAAUCAAGCUCCCAAUCAAAUAAAGCCACUCUAGUCACCGAUGAACAUACGUACUUUUGCAAUCCCGAACAUAAAAAAGAACAAGAUGAAUUAGAGAAUCAACUUGCUGCACGAAUAAUUUUUAAAAAUUCUUUAGCAGAACACUCAUUGCGUAGAUUUUUCCCAGACGAUCCUAAUUUAGAAAACGCGCCACUAAUUCAGUUAAAUCCCCCACAUGAAGAUUACAAUUUCGUGUUGACGAAAGACGAGGGUGUAUGCGAACUUUUUGAUAUACAGUGCAAUACAUAUUGAGAUUACGCCUUCUUUCUAUAAACUUUUGAUCUUUACUUAGCUCUUGUAUGAUAAAUAUGUAGAUAUGUAAAUCUCCCAUUUGCAGCAUAAAAGGUUGUCGUGGGUUAUAUAGUGUAAUUUGUAUGUAAACUGAAAUUCAGCGCAUGAAACUGAAAAUAGCUGAGAUGUAAAAUCAAAUAAUAAAUUAAAUUUUUUAGUUAAUAUCGAUGUAAUUGAUAACCUAGUGAAAAUUAUAUACACUUAAUUAAGAAAAUUAAAGACUUUCACAAAUUUUAAUAAAUCAA